AGUCCGAAUCCCAAAUCUGUCGCGACAGUAAACGCGCGUGCGGCUUGGAUAUUUUAAACAUUUUAACGCUAAUGCUAAUUUUUUCUGACUGCAGUUUUGUGUCUCUCAGUAAUAGCCCAGAGAGUGUCACUGCGUGUGUACCUGUGCGACUUCCAGCUAAUUGAAGUUCCAUUCGCUGGCGUAAUUGUCUGUGACAGCUGUGAAAGUCUACUGCCCCAGGACUCAGACAUGACUGUCAAGUGCGCCCAGGUAGUGGGCCUGCUGGCCCUGCUGCUGGGUCUGGCCCAAGCCUUUGACCACACAUUGAAGCUGGACUAUCCGGGUCCCUACUGCGCAGUGCGCAACACAUGCUGCAAGGAUCGGCACGACGGCUGCUCGCUGCCCAUCUCGACCACCCUGUGUUACUGUGAUGAGUUCUGCGACCGAGACGACGCCGGCGACUGCUGCCCCGAUUAUCGCUCCUUCUGCUUUGGGGAGGCGGACCCCUUGGUCACCUGCCUGCACAACGGCGUCUAUUUCAGCAAAUACAACAGCACGAGGGACAACUGCAACGAGUGCCGUUGUCUAGAUGGCGGCCGGGUGCAGUGCGACCAGGAUCUCUGCCUGACCGACGAGUCGAUCAUCCACAGCAUCAACACGAUCCAUCACCUGGGUUGGUCCGCCCGCAAGUACGACGAGUGGUGGGGCCACAAGUACAGCGAGGGUCUGCGCCUGCGCCUGGGUACCAAGGAGCCUACCUACCGCGUCAAGGCCAUGAGCAGGCUGACAAAUCCCACCGAGGGCCUACCCUCCGCGUUCAAUGCAGUCGAGAAGUGGUCCAGCUACAUCUCGGAGGUGCCCGACCAGGGCUGGUGCGGCUCCUCUUGGGUGCUGUCCACCACAUCGGUGGCCAGCGACCGCUUCGCCAUUCAAAGCAAAGGCAAGGAGGCUGUCCAGCUCUCCGCCCAGAACAUCCUGUCCUGCACGCGCCGCCAGCAAGGCUGCGAGGGCGGCCACCUGGACGCCGCUUGGCGCUAUCUGCACAAGAAGGGAGUCGUGGACGAGAGCUGCUAUCCCUACACCCAGCACCGCGAUACCUGCAAGAUCCGCCACAACAGCCGCUCGCUGAAGGCCAACGGCUGCCGCCCCUCGGCAAAUGUGGAUCGGGACAGCUUCUACACGGUGGGCCCCGCCUACACCCUGAACCGCGAGUCUGACAUCAUGGCGGAGAUCUACCACUCUGGCCCCGUCCAGGCCACCAUGCGUGUAUACAGGGACUUCUUCUCAUACUCAAGCGGAGUCUACCGUCAGACGGCUGCCAACCGAGGCGCUCCCACUGGCUUCCACUCGGUGAAGCUGGUCGGCUGGGGUGAGGAGCACAACGGCGACAAGUAUUGGAUCGCUGCCAACUCCUGGGGUCCCUGGUGGGGUGAGCGGGGAUACUUCCGCAUCCUGCGCGGCUCCAAUGAGUCCGGCAUCGAGGAUUACGUGCUGGCUUCCUGGCCUUACGUCUACAACUACUACAACGUGAAGUCGGCAUAGACGUCGCCUCCCACGAGUAAUCUCGAGCUAUGCAGAAAUGAAAACAAAUUUAUCUCAUGCUUCAAAAAUUUUCCAUUGCUAUGGCACUCAAAGUGAAUUAGGCGCUUCUGUAUUUGUAAAGUUUAUGCUAGAACCUAGUUACUAAAAUGAUUAGCUUUAAGAUGCGCGAACGCACAAGUUAACUGCCCAACCACCGCCACGCCCCGUUCCCGUUCACGAACCCAGCCCUAACCACUUGUUCCCUCACCCACUAAACAGGACUCGAAGAUGGGUAAGGGGCGUCCAUAUGCAACACGAAACUGCCACAUUAACCAGUCAACACCACGUCCAAUCCAUACCCUGAUACUGCCACAUCAAGAACAAGAACGUACCCCUGCCCCUGCCGCCGAGCAGCGCAUGUGAUUGAAGGACGAUUUGAUCAGCGAGAGUGUCUGUAGGAUACUAGCGAGCCCACCACGCCCAUCAUGUAUUGUAAAUGGAAGCUAAGUUAACUGAUCGACGACCCUAUGGAAUAUGUUCGGCUUAUAUAUUUGUAAUAAACGAAUUACUUUACAUGUUUA